GUUUAACGUGAAGUUGAUAGGUAUCAUGGAUGGUCAUGGUCUGCUGUGCUACAGUAAAACCUUCCUGUACUGUCUCUUUAAUUACGGUGACAUAUCCCAGAACUGAGACACACACACACACACACACACACACACUCACACAUUCACACACAGCAUACAGCAUACAGCAGUCUGUGUGUGUGAACAAACAAGUGUCAAGGUUAUUUUGUGGACUGUUCUGUCCUCUCUGGCAUCUCACACACACACACACACACUGUCCCUGGGUUUGUCAGCUCUAAGAAUAGUGUGGAUCAGGUUCUAAAUGGCCAGUAGAUUGUAGUACUGCUAGGAGGAAGAGCAGGAGCUCUUUCUGUCUCCUGCCCAGCGUAGUCAUUUAUUUUUGAUUAAUAAUUUAGAGUCUUUGUUCUUUCUGAUUGUUUUUUUUUUAUCUCUUUUCAUCAUCUCGUUGAUUUAAUACUUCUACUUUUUUGUAUAGUUUUCUUGAAGUUCUUUUCAUUCUUUUCUUUUCAUAUUUUUGAAAAGUUGAUGGCUGUUUAGUGUGCAACCCACUGUGUAUAUCUGGUCAGGAGGGUUUGUCUGCACUGGUUCCUGUUUGGCUUGGUUCUGUUUUCGGGUUCAUCUUAGACUUGAGACAGGCCAUGCAGCGCUACCGCCACUAUGGCAACUCGUACUCCUCCUCAACCUCUUCAGUUCCUGUAGAGGAGGUCCACGCUGAAGAGGAGGAGUACGCUGAAAAGGAGGUGUAUGAAGAGGAGGUAGAACCACUGAUACAGGAGGAGGUCCAGGAGACAGGAGGUGUUAAUGAAGAGGAGGUGAAGGAGGAAGUCCAGCCUGUCAUAGAGGAGACAGAGGGGAAGACGCAGCCGAUGGAAAGCAAGAAUGGAAAGCGGACAGAGAGAGGAGGAGGAGGAGGAGAUGCAGGAGGAGGUUCUAAGUACUCCAUGUUUACCUGGUUUAUAGUCUUGGCUCUCCUGGGAGUCUGGAGCUCCGUGGCUGUGGUCUACUUUGACAUUGUGGACUAUGACAGCGUCAUCGCCAGAGCUAAGGAGUUUCGCAUGAACUUUUCUGAAGUUUUACAAGGGAAACUGAAAGCCUACGACACAGACGGCGAUGGAGACUUCGACGUGGAAGAUGCUAAAGUUCUGCUCGAUGAAAAGAAGUUAAAAGGUCCUACUCUAAGGAGAGACAGGCUGAAAAAAGAGGACAAGAAAGAGGUGAAGAAAGGUAAAGUUAAAGGGGACAAGAGGUUAGAGGCCAUUGAUCAAGAGAUAAAAACCCCAAAAGACGAGGCAGCUGGGGAGACUGCUGCUAGAAGCAGCACAACCAGAGACCGUCCUGUCCGAGGCGCCAGGCUGCGCUCUGCUCUGAGGGAAGAGCUGAGGAUGAUCCAUGAAAAGAUGGAAGCCAAGAGGAUUGCUCGCAUCGCUGUGGCUGAGAUCAGGGCCUUCCUCGCCGAAGAGGAGGAGGAGAGGGAGGUAUCCUGGGCGCUGAAGGUGAAAAUGCUGGAGGCUGCCCAGGAGCAACUGAGGGAGGAGAGGAAGAGGGAGGCAGAGAGGGUGGAGAAGGAGAAAGAGGAGAAGGAAAGGGUGGAGAAGGAGAAGGCAGAGAAGGAAAGGAUGGAGAGGGAGAAGGCAGAAAUGGAGAGGGAGAGGGUGGAGAAAGAGAGGAUAGAAAAAGAGAAAGCAGAGAAGGAGAGGAUGGAAAGAGAGAAGGCAGAAAUUGAAAGGAUCAAGAGGGAAAAGGCAGAGAAGGAAAGGAUGGAGAGGGAGAAGGCAGAGAAGGAAAGGAUGGAGAGGGAAAAUGCAGAGAAGGAAAGGAUUGAAAGGGAAAAGGCAGAGAAGGAAAGAAUAGAAAAAGAGAAAAUGGAGAAGGAGAGGAUGGAAAGAGAGAAGGGGAGAAUGGAGAGGGAAGCAAAGGAAAAAGUUGAGAAAGAGAGGUUGGCUCAAGAAAGGGCAGAAAAAGAGAGGCAGGAGAUGCAGAGAUUGGCCAGGGAAAAGGCCGCCAAAGAAGAGAGGGAGCGACUAGAACGGGAGAGGGUGGAGAAGGAAAAGAUGGAGACAGAGCGCCUGGCCAGGGAACGAGAAAGAGCGGCCAAGGAAAAGGCGGAGAGGGAACAACAGGAGAAAGAAAGACUGAAAAGAGAGAGGGCUGAAAAGGAGAGGGUGGAGAGGGUAGAGAGGGAGCGCAUUGCAAAAGAAAGAGAAAGAAUAGCCAGAGAGAAAGAGAGGAUGAAUCGAGAAAAGGCAGAAAAGGAACAGCUAGAGAAGGAGAGACUCCAGAAAGAAAGGAUUGCUAAAGAAAGAGCAGAAAAGGAAAGGCUGGAGAGGGAACGCAUUGCUAAGGAAAGAGAAAGAAUAGCCAGAGAGAAGGAGCGACAAGAGAAAGAACGAAUUGCCAAAGAAAGAGCAGAGAAAGAAAGACUGGAGAGGGAACGCAUUGCUAAGGAAAGAGAGCUAAUAGCCAGAGAGAAGGAGCGACAAGAGAAAGAACGAAUUGCCAAAGAAAGGGCAGAGAAAGAAAGACUGGAGAGGGAACGCAUCGCCAAAGAAAGAGAAAGACUUGCGAGAGAGAAACUGGAAAGGGAACGCAUUGCUAAGGAAAGGGAGCGAAACACAAGGGAGAAGGAGAGGAUGGAUCAAGAGAAGGAGCGAAUGGCCAAAGAAAGAGCAGAAAAAGAGAGGCUAGAGGGAGAACGUAUUGAUAAGGAAAGAGAACGUAUUGGCAGGGAAAAAGAACGAGUGGAAAAAGAAAGACUUGCCAGAGAAAAGGAAAGGUUGGAGAGAGCAGCAAAGGAGAAGGAAGAGAAGGAAAAGCUGGAGCGGGAACGCAUUGCCAGGGAAAGGACAAGAAUCGCUCAGGAGAAGGAAAAAAUAGAGAAAGAAAAAGCAGCUAGAGAGAAAGCAGAGAAUGAAAGAUUGGAAAAGGAAAGGGCAGCAAGAGAGGAAAGGGAGAGGCUGGAGAGAGAGAGAAUCGCUCUGGAAAAGGAGAGGAUCGAACAGUUGAGAGCAGAAAAGGAAAAGCUGGAGAAAGAGAAAGCGGCGAGGGAAAAAUUUGAGCGUGAACGGUUUGAAAAGGAGAAAGCAGCUCGAGAGAAGGAGCUGUUGGAGAGGCAGAGGCUCGCAAGAGAAAAAGCUGUUCGCGAUAAGAUGGAGGCGGAGAGGCUAGCGAGGGAGAGAGCAGAGAGAGAACCCAAGGCUGUGAAAGAAGGAAUGAAGACACAAGAGCAUCUCGACAGGAAAUCAAAUGCCUCACAGCUGACACCUCCGAACACAGAGGAGAAAAGUGACAGAUUGGCGAGUGCAUCAGCGGUCAGGAGAGAGAAGAGUGCAACAGAGGAGAAGAUAUCUGUGGGUGGGAAGAAGAAAUGACACGUGCUACAAUGCUACAAAGUGUCUCAUAUAUGGUGCUAGAACUCUGAUUAGCUGCAGGAGCCCAUCUUCUACCGUGACAGUGAAAAAUAAUGUUAAAAUACUUCAACUGUCAUCUCUUUGCUUGUCUGAGCAGGUGAAUCCUUGUUUCACAAAGUAAAGAAACACAUUCUGUCGUUUCUUAACAUGGUGUUCUGAUGUAGACUGCUGGUGCAGUGAUAAUAGUUUUGGUUUUUGUUUUUUUGUUUUUUUAGUUUUGGUUAUUGUCAAAUGUGUGCAGAUAAAAAGGGAAGUGGCUCAGGGGCCUUUCAGACAGUCUCUUUUCUAUCAUUUGGAAGUGUUUCACUUUGCAUGUUUGGUUCAUAUAACUACAAGUCUUUUAUUUAUAUAUUUAAAGUAGUUCUUUUAUUUUGGUGAAAAAAACAUGUAAGCAAUGUCAAAGAGAUGUCACAUUCUUCUUUUGUCCAACCAACAGCCCAAAACCCAAAGACUCUUCAUGUAUCAUGAAUGACAAAGAAAGCAGAGAGAUAGUUAUACUACGUUUUUGCUCUUUUUAGUUUGUUGCAUUGUGUUUUCAUGUAUUUUUCUCUCUCAUUUUCAUAAGAUUGUCUUUAACUCAGAUUUUCCUUCCUUACACUGGAAUCUCGGUAACUCCACUGCUGUAAAACGCUUUGUAGUAUUUAACUUAGUUAACUGGGUUAUGAGCAUUAGUUAACUGUGAGUCUAGCAGCGUGUCUUUUAAGGAGAAAAACCGAGUUCAGCGCUGAUAUAUGCAGUCGGGCGGAAACUGAAAUGUUUCACUCACUGAACACUGUAUCUGGACACUGGACAAAGAUACACAUCAGUUUAUCUUUUGCUUUAUGCACCAUGUGCCUUGAGCACAGGGCUUGAUUGCAUUUUUCUUGUUGCACGUAAUUACCCCAACUCUAAAAUAUUUUUUUCCCUUCAAAAUGUUAGAAAAUCUUAAAUAAAUUGUGGCUUUAAAAGAGACAUGUUUGUUUUCCUUCUUGAUGUAACUGAAAUAUCCAGAUAGCCUCGUAUGCAGCCAGUGCUCCAGGGUAAACCCAUUUUAAAAUGUGUUCUCCAGCUAAAAUGUCUCGAAGAAUGAGUAAUGAACAUCACAUCCUUAUUCUAGUCAAUGCUAUCUCUCUCCACCAAAACUUCCUUCUCUGUUCGCUCUCACACUCUGGGGUCGUGUCAACUUGUGUUUUCUUGCCAAAUAAUAUUAUCAGGGCUAUCCCGACCUCCUCACCACUGACUGUGUGGGGGUUGGAAGUUUGCUUUCCUUCAAAUACAUAAAAUAUGUAAUAAUAUAAAGAUUUUGGUUGAUUAUAACACAACCUGCUGUUUUCUUUAAGGCGCUGUUACACUUCACUGUAAACCAACAUCAGUUAGGAAUAUUUUCUGCAUGUUGUAACUUUCUUUCUCAUACUAAUUUUAAGUCCUUCCUUUUUUGAUAAGAUGCACAGUCUGAGUGUGGAAACAGAGCUCUGUGUCAACUUUUUACUUCCAAGAAAAAAAUUUUGUGUAUUGUUUUUAAAAAAACUUGAAAGACAUUUCAAUUAAAUGCUCCAGUAAGUGUGUUAUUUGAUGCCAGCAAAAGCCAGCAUGACAACAGAGGCUAGAUCUGUCAGACUAUCAAACCGCAGUACUGGUAUGUAGAACUGAGCACUGGGUUUUACUAUUAAGUUCAGUGGAAAUUUGGCAGCAGCUGACAGUAUGCAAGCAGGUCAGAUUCUUACUGGGAAUUCACAUCAGAUGUGCUGUUAAAAGGCUCAUUUGUUCAGCUGCGAGCUCUAGUACAGUGUCACUGCCUUCCACGAUUGACUGACUGGUUUGAUUGCCCUGCUCAUCGUAGCUCUACAAGCCCACAGUGAAACCAGACAGCCACCUUGAUCCAUCAUUAGAAAUGAACUGAAUGCAUUCAUACCAGGAGAUCGGUGCAAUGUGUAAAAACUAUUCAGAUCUCAUACUUAAGUUUAAGUAUUAUGUAUACUAGUGCCGGUGUAGGAAUACUCUCUUAUGCAUAAAAAGUCCUGGAUUCAAAAUUUUAGUAUUAGUAUCUGAACAUACUUAAAGUACAAAAAGUAAAAGUACUAAUUUCCAAAUAUUUAUAAAUGCAUUAAUGUGUGUAUUACUCAGAUGUUAAAGUAACAAUGGGCCUUUUAUUUUACUUGAUUUAUUUACUGGUGGGUAGUUUAUUAAUGUUGCCAAGUGAUCAAUAAAGUUUUAUCUUUAGCCAUAAUAAUACACUGUAAUGUACUUGCUGGUCAUAUUUGGUUGCAUUAUUAAUCAGGAUUUACAAAGUAACUAAAGCUAUCGAGUAAAAAGUACAAUAUUUACCUCUGAAUCGUAGUGGAGUGUAAGUGUAAAGUAGAAGAAAAUUGGAAUACUCAGGUUAAGCAAAAGUUUAAAAUACAAGUCAGUGUGGUUUGUUACAGCUGAUAAAGUCUGAUCUGUGACUGACUACCGUCCGUCUGUUGUGGGUUUCCCUUCAGGCUUGAUUAUUUGUUCUUUGAUCAGAUAUUUGAUAGUAAGUUUAACAUUUGACACAGAUCCACUGAGCCGUUUAGUGUAUUUCCGUUUUAUUUAAAGUCUUCCAUCACCACUCAGCCCUAGAGACUCUGAUGUGUGACACUGUGUCUGACUUCUAACCA